CAAUCUAGCCAACAUGAAAUCCUAAAGAAGCUUUGCCUACUUGGGCCAAUCUGUAGAAUGAGCUGUGUAUAACUUUUCCUCUUUCAAUCUUGUUCCUCAUCAUUGUCCAAUAAAAUAUAGCCGGCCAUUGCAGACGUGGCACCACCCUCACUCAUUUUCAGAUCACAAGUUGAUUGUCCUCCGAGUUGUAGAUUUGAUUGCAUCAAAAUAAACCAAUCCCAUUCACCCAAUUCUAACCUUUUUACAUUCUACAACACCCAAUAACCAAUUCGUCAAGUGCCACAUGGCGCUGCUGUAGAAAUCUGAAGCUCUCUAUGUUACUACCCAAUCUCUGCUCUCUGACCUCUGUGCCAAAGUCCCUGUCCUUCUGAACUGGUGCUUUAAGACUCUGGUCCAUUUCAAGUUUCUGGUUGCUCUCCUAUAACUCUCCCACUCAAACAAAGAGAAAAGACAGACACUUCAUUGGUGGCCUUCAGUUUACAGCUCAAGAGAAGUCAGAGCUGUGCUUUGAUCAGUGAACUUCUGUCUGUUCAGACAUGAAUUCUUGCCUUCCUGAUUGGAACUUUGAGGGUGAUCUCCCUUUAACCAAUCAAAAGAAACCCUCGGGGCCUGAUCAUGAACUAGUAGAGCUGUUAUGGAGAAAUGGGCAGGUAGUUUUGCACAGCCAAACAAAUCGAAAACCAGGUCCUAAUCCUAAUGAGUCGAGGCAAGUUCAGAAACAUGAUCAAAUAAGGGUUGGUGGGUUCUAUGGGAACUCAGGUAAUUUGAUUCAUGAUGAGGACACAGUCUCCAUGAUCCAAUACCCUAUAGAAGAUUCCUUUGAUAAAGAGUUUUCCCAUUUCUUUUCUGAACUGCCUUCCUGUGAUUCACUUGAGAUUGAAAAGCCAAUCAAACAAUUUGGAGAAGAGAAGUUUGUUAAGUUUGAUGCUCCUAGUACCACCCAUCUUGUUUCCUCUUCACCCCAACCUAAUGUGAAGUCCUCUACCGGUGUGGCAUAUCCUGAAAAUCCAAUGCCUCCUCCAAGAUUUCAGAUCAGUAAUCCAACUGAGAAAAAUCAAAAUCUUGGAGGCUUGGGGAAAAUAGUUAAUUUUUCUCAAUUUUCAACACUGGGAAAGGGUGGUGUAGGAUCUUCCAGAAAACACUUAGGAGGGAAAGAUCCUGGUAAGUUGAAUCAAGCAGAAGUUAGAGAGUGUUCUAUGAUGACUGUUGGAUCGAGUUACUCAGGUAGCAACCAAGUUCCUAAUGACUUUGAUGUGAGUCGGGCUUCAAGCAAUGGUGAUGGGACUACUGGUUUUUCUACUGGACCCUUGUACAACAAUGUUCAAAAGAUGAUGCCUCUGAGUGAGGGAGGGAUGACAGAAACCCUUGAUCCAACUCUUACUUCAUCUUCGGGUGGUUCUGGCAGUAGUUUUGGCAGAGGAGGGAAGCAGUCUAAUGUUGUCAAUAGCAACAAAAGAAAGGGUAGAGAUGCAGAGGACUCAGAGUGCCAAAGUGAGGCAGCUGAAAUUGAAUCAGCUGCGGGAAACAAGCCAGCGCAACGAUCAGGAUCAUCGAGGAGGACACGUGCUGCUGAAGUCCAUAAUCUCUCAGAAAGGAGACGAAGAGAUCGAAUCAAUGAGAAAAUGAGGGCACUGCAAGAGCUCAUACCUCAUUCUAACAAGACAGACAAAGCAUCAAUGUUAGAUGAGGCAAUUGAAUACUUGAAGUCUCUUCAGCUGCAACUUCAGGUAAUGUGGAUGGGAGGUGGGAUGGCACCGAUGAUGUUUCCGGGAGUACAGCACUAUAUGUCCCGAAUGGGAAUGGGAAUGGGAAUGGGACCGCCUGCCAUGCCUUCUAUGCACAAUCUAAUGCAAUUACCUCGGGUCCCUCUAGUUGAUCAGUGCAUGACUGUGACUCCACCAACAAACCAGGCAGUAAUGUGCCAAACACCUGUUCUGAAUCCUGUUGAUUACCAUAACCAGAUGCAAAAUCCCUCUAUUCAGGAGCAAUACGCACGUCUCAUGGGAUUCCAUCAUAUGCAGACCAUGUCUCAGCCUAUGAAUAUGUUCAGAUUCGGCUCUCAGCCUCUUCCGCAAAGUCAAAUGAUGGCACCAACUGGAAUGAACACUGGACCUUUAAGUGGUGGAGCUGCAACUAAUGAUGCUUUGAGUGGCAAAUGAGUAAAUCAAAUAGUAUGCAUGCUUAUCUCUAUGGUCCCCUAACUUAUAUAACAAGAUUACUUCGACGUGGAAAAUGCGGGUUGUGUCAGACGGUUUGAAGGCUCCCCAAUUCACCCCAUAUAUAUUCCUACGGGUGAUUGAAAAGUCAUUUUUCGUAUGUAUACGCCAAUGAACCACUAUUGCAAGAGUUCAGACAUCUCAAUUGGGCAUUGAACUUGCCCCGAAACCCUACAAACAGAGACAAGACUAGUGAUGUAUCUUUCUGGUUUGAGUUUUUUGGCUCUGCAAGAGAGUAAGAUUGUAUUUCCAGUCCCAUAACUUGUAUAAAAUACAGGCAUAUUGCUCAUUCAUGUGCUUAUAAAAAAGAUGCCAAAAUUUUUUAGA